AUGACGUCCAUAAUCAAGUUCACGGCUCUGUCGGGGGCCCACGACGAGGCUCCGCCGUGCUACCUUCUACAGGUGGACGACUUCUGUUUCUUGCUGGACUGUGGCUGGGACCCUCACUUCAACAUGGCCACCGUAGAGAGCGUCAAAAGGCAAGCCGCGUGGCAUCUGCACCAGAUCGACGCGGUGCUGCUGAGUUUCCCGGACCAGGCUCACCUGGGUCUCCUGCCGUACCUCAUGGGUCCAAUGGAGCUGAAAUGCCCAGUCUACGCCACCGUACCCGUGUACAAGAUGGGCCAGAUGUUCAUGUAUGACCUCUAUCAGUCGCGUAAGAAUUCUGAAGAAUUUGAUCUGUUUACUCUGGACGACGUGGACAAGGCCUUUGACAACAUCAUUCAAGUGAAGUAUGCCCAGACCGUCCAGCUAAAAGGUAAAGGUCACGGUCUGACAAUCACGGCGCACGCUGCAGGUCACAUGGUGGGCGGAGCCAUGUGGAAGAUUGGUAAAGACGAGGAGGAGGACAUUGUCUACGCCAUCGACUACAACCACAAGAAGGAGAGGCAUUUAGAUGGAGCACUGCUGGAGAGCCUUUCGAGACCACACCUCCUCAUUACCGGAGCCUACAAUGCCCUGAGUGUUCAGGCGAGACGGAAGGAGAGGGACCAGGCCUUGCUAAACAACAUCCUGACCACGCUGCGUCGAGAUGGCAAUGUCCUGAUUGCGGUGGACACUGCAGGCCGCGUUUUGGAGCUCUCUCAACUUCUGGACCAAGUAUGGAGGAACCAAGAGAGCGGACUGUGUGCCUAUUCCAUAGCUCUCCUCAGUAACGUCAGCUACAACGUCAUCGAGUUUGCCAAGUCCCAGGUGGAAUGGAUGAGCGACAAGAUGAGUCGAAUGUUUGAAGAGAACAGAAGUAACCCUUUUCAGUUCAAACACGUCACUCUGUGCCACAGUCUUGCCGACCUAGCUCAAGUCAGAGAACCUAAAGCGGUCCUGGCUAGUAUGUCGGACCUGGAGUGCGGCUACUCGCGUGACCUGUUUGUCCAGUGGGCCUCCAAUCCCAAGAACAGCAUCAUCCUCACUUCCCGCACGGCUCCUGGCUGUCUCACACACACGCUGGUCUCCAACCUCAAGCUACCGUCUGUGGACCUUGAGGUGAGGAAGAGGGUGUGUCUGGAGGGAGAGGAGCUGGAGGCGUUCAAGACGAAGGAGAGGGAGGAGAAACUGGCAAACGAAGCCUCUGAGAAGGAGGCAGAGGUGUACGAGAGCAGCGACGAGGAGAUGGAGACGGGAGACCACCAGGCCACACCCACCUCCCCCUCCCUCCCUCCCCGGGUCCCCAAACACGACCUCAUGAUGGUGGAGGAGGCGAAGGCUCGCAGCUCCUUCUUCAAGCAGACCAAGUCCUACCCCAUGUUCCUCUGCCGCGAGGACAAGACCUCCUGGGACGAGUAUGGAGAAGCCAUCAGACAUGAGGACUACCAGCCAAAAGACUUGCCUCCUCCACAGGAGACCUUACCUAUGGAUACUGAGGCUGAGGGAGACGAUAAGUCUGAAGAGACCGCAGUGCCUCCUACCAAGUGUGUGUCUCAGACGGUAUCUAUAAACGUCAGAUGUUCACUGUCGUUCAUUGAUUUCGAGGGUCUGUCAGACGGAGAUUCUGUGAAGAGGAUUCUCUCCAUUGUCAAACCGAGGCAGCUGAUACUAGUCCACGGCUCUCCAGACUCCACCAACCACCUCAGAGAUUUCUCUCUCUCGUCUCUCGGGCUGGCCAAAGGCAAGCUCUUCACUCCUCAUGUCGGGGAAUGCCUCGAUGCCAGCACAGAGAGCCACAUCUACCAGGUAAAGCUGACAGACUCCCUGAUGAGUGCGGUGGGGUUCAGUCAGGCCAGGGACUCUGAGCUGGCCUGGGUCGACGGAAACGUUCAGUUCACCUCCGCAGCUCCCUCGGGGUUCAAAGGUCAAGGCGAGGGCAGCGGGGACGGGGUUCAGCAGAGAACGCCGCUUUUGAACGCUCUUCCUCACAACCAGGUGAAAGGUCAUCCGUCGGUGUUCAUUAACCCUCCACGACUUGCGGACUUCAAACAGGUCUUGAACAAGGCCGGACUUCAGGCAGAAUUUUCCGGAGGUGUUUUGGUGUGCAACAAGUGUGUCGCUGUCAGGAAGGGAGAGGGCGGUAAAAUCAAGCUGGAGGGGACAGUAUGUGAAGAGUAUUACAAAGUCAGAGAGCUUCUGUAUGAACAGUUUGCCAUCAUCUAAAUUGACGUCAGAGAGUUGCUGUAUGAACAGUUUGCCAUCAUCUAAAUUGACGUCAGUCAUUUCUUUGCAAUCUCUUUUCUAAUGCACAAUGAACAGUUUUGCCAUCAUCUAAUUUGCAAUCUGUCUUCUAAUGCACAAUGAACAGUUUUGCCAUCAUCCAGUCAUUCACUCUUUCCUUGCAAUCUGCCUUCUAAUGCAAUAAACUGAACAGUUUUGCCAUCAUCCAGUCAUUCACUCUUUCCUUGCAAUCUGCCUUCUAAUGCAAUAAACACAAUGAACAGUUUGCCAAUAAUCUGAAUUUUCUUUUAUUUGCCUCUUUCAUCAAAUCCCCUUCUAAUGCACGUUUUAUGCAAUAUUAAAAGGAGAGUAAACAUUAAUAAUAAUAUACAUGAUUCAGCUGCGACACGAUACAAGAUGACGUAAUCAAACUGAUGGUUAAAAUGUAUUACGUGCCGAGAUAUAUACACACUGUUAGUAAGACAGUAGCUAUAGGGGAAAAUGCCACAUCCGAAAAAGUGUCCAUGUGCAUGUGAUGGUAGGUAGAAAGCAAAGGAUAACGCGGUGAAGCAAUUCAUGAUCUAUAGAAAAUAUCCUGAUGUAACUAAGAAAAGCUCACAGACGAGGCAGGGGAAGAAAAGAGACGGCCGAUAAGAGGGUGAGAAUCAAAAUGAAUAGUUGCCUGACUGGAUGAAGGAGGGGGGGGAGGAGGAAGAGUGGUAAUUACGUAAUGGCAAACUGAGAGGUACAAGAAGAUUGUAGGGAGAGAUUCUGUUCCCAUGUGUAGAUUGAUCUUGGUAGGAAAGGUGGGGGGUGGGGGGAGGGGAGGGGAGGGGAGA